GAAAUCCAAAUGCCAGUGUCCCACUUCUGCUUUGUUCUUUACUUCUUGGACCCUUCACCUCUCUCUUCGUUCUUUUCUUGCUUCUAACAAACUCUCUCUCUCUCUCUCUCUCAGGCCUCUUCCUUCUCCUUAAUCAUACUCAUCCCACUCUCAUUUUCCUAUUUCUGACUCUUACAAAUUAUUUGUUUUAUUAUUACAGAGUCUUGAAGUCAAGGAUCUCACCAUGCAAACAGCAUCUUACAAUCAUCCUCUAUUCUGUUUCUCUUGCAGAAACUUUAGUGCACAUGGGAAGACUAGUUCAAUGAAAUUUCGUGCACCAUAUCCCUCUCAACUAGAUCGCAAAUGUGAAUUCAACGGGAGACCUAAUGUUUAUAACUCCCCCAUACCUGUAAAAUUAAACAGACUGUUUGCUCUUCCUAACACUGGUGACAGCCAUCCAUCGGCUUCUAUGACUGAUGAUGAAAUGAACACAAACCAUGCUCCUAAUGGGCCGUUUCUCAGCAACUGGUCGCCCCCGAGAUACCUGUGGAGGGGAUUAUCAGUUUUAAUCCUGACAGGGCAGGUUAUUAUGAGGACUUUAAAGGGAAAGAUUCAUUGGAGGAAUACUCUACAACAAUUGGAGAGAGUUGGUCCAAGAUCAGUUGGGGUGUGUCUUUUAACUUCGGCCUUUGUGGGCAUGGCCUUCACGAUUCAAUUUGUAAGAGAGUUCACUAGGUUGGGAUUGAAUAGAUCUGUGGGUGGGGUUUUAGCUUUGGCUUUCUCAAGGGAGCUAAGUCCCGUGGUUACCUCAAUUGUGGUUGCUGGGCGCAUUGGAAGCGCUUUUGCAGCUGAAUUAGGAACUAUGCAGGUUUCUGAGCAGACUGACACGCUGAGAGUUCUUGGUUCAGACCCUGUUGAUUAUCUGGUGACACCAAGAGUGAUCGCUACUUGUAUUGCACUGCCUCUUUUGACCCUAUUGUGUUUUACAUUGGGGUUGGCAUCUAGUGCCCUUCUUGCUGAUGGUGUUUAUGGGGUGAGCAUUAACAUUAUAUUGGAUUCAGCUCAGCGAGCUCUCAGAUCAUGGGAUAUUAUUAGUGCAAUGAUCAAGUCUCAGGUUUUUGGUGCUAUCAUAUCUAUAGUGAGUUGUGCAUGGGGAGUUACAACUUUGGGAGGUGCUAAAGGUGUUGGGGAAUCCACAACAUCAGCGGUGGUUAUUUCUCUUGUUGGCAUCUUCAUUGCCGACUUUGCUCUUUCUUAUUGUUUCUUCCAAGGAGCAGGAGAUCAGCUGAAGAAUUGCAUUUAAGCAACUAACUUUGUGUCUGCAAUUUUGCUCAUAUGUACAAAAUGAAUGGUAUGACUUCUCUAUAAGAGCCGUGAUAAAAAUCUUUUUACAAUUUGCAACUGUCCAUGAAUCUUGUUCUUUUCUUAGUUAUGGGUAGCUAAGUUUACAUAUACAUAUCUAUGUAUGAUUGCAAGUCCUUUAAAUUCAGUCAAGAAUAUUUUUCCUUAAGAAAAAAUGUGUUAACUAUUAGAUUAUUCUUAUAAUUUUUGUAAGUUACAAUGAAAUGAUAUUUUGUUAUGUCAAAUAGGCUAUAAUGUUGUGAUCCAUUUGAUGAUUGAUUCAUAAUUAGCUGAGGGUAUGUAAUAACUUUUCUUUUAGUAAGUGAGUUCAACAAGUAAAAAAAAAAAUUGUUUUUGGCCUGAGUAAUUUUAAAAAGUAAAAACAAGAAUAAACGCACUUCAGGAAACUGUUGGAAUUCCAACUCUGGGAAGUGGCCUGAUGAGCAGAUCCACUUGUUGGCCUCUCUGAUAAUGUGAUGAUUGGAUGGCUUCAAAACCAUUAGCAAGAACAUGGAUAUCCUAGAUAAUCUUGUAGGAAGGGUGAGACCCUUCACACUUUUUAACCAUUAGGUGUCCAGACAGGUGUAGGGACUGCAGCUGCGAUAGUGAUGGGUAAGUCUACUGAUGUUGUGGAUGCUAUUGCAAACCUUUCUUACUUCUACAAGAAUGAGGGCUGCGGGCAGUGUGCACCAUAUAGGGAUAGAACAUGGUGUCUUUGGAUGAACAUGGAAAUAUUGAAAGUUGGGAAUGCAAAGCUGGAGUAAGUGAUAUGCUUCAGGAGAUUGUAAUGAAAGGCUGCUUCAUGAUCAGAGCUUUGGAGAAGGAUUAGAGAGUAUGCAGAAAAGGAGUUGGUGGAAACCACUGAUUUGGCUUACACUGAGGCUGUUUUAUAAAUCUUAUUUUCUUAAUUUUUUAUUGAAAUGAUUCUCGUUCUUUUCCUGAUCAUAUAUGAUUAUUGAUUGGGCUUGAAAAUUGCAGAAAAACGUAAUGGUAAAAGGAGAGGAAAAAAAAUAGUUUUGCU